CAUCCCUGACAUAAUACAGUUGAGUAAAUAUCCUGUUCAACUACAAUGUCGUGAAUCGAACGAUUCGGUGAACGAUUCUUUUGAACGAAUCUUUUGAGUGAACUGAUUCUAAAGAUUCAGUUCACGUCAAAGAACUGGAAUGUACAGCACUACAGCAAACCGGUGUGCCUACGGUAAACGAGAAAGCUCCAUUCGAAUAGAACCACGCGCGCACCCGCGUUCUUGCCUUGCAAAGUUAAUUGUUUUGACGCAGCAGAUAUUGAGUUUCAAACUUGACUGUUUUUCACAAUGUUGCCCACAUUUACAAAUACACGGGGGUGUUGUUUUUUCACUUUCAGCUUGGCGCACGGGAAGGGCAAGAAGACUUGCGGCUUUGUCACGGACGGCGAGGCCGGGAGGUGAGAUCGGGACGGCGUGGACGAUAAGCGUGUCCGGUACAAGUCCUAAACGGGUGUAGACAUGUAGCCGGAAAACGUCAUAGGAGAGCGACAUGACGGCCAAUCAGAUCAGCGUCCAACCCGAGCAAACCUGUCAAUAAACGUCAAUAAUAAAUAUUUUCAUUUGAAAUACAAAUCCUAUUUUUUUUCAGUUCCAUAAAACACCGACGAAGGUUUGCUAACUUUUUAAUUCAUUAUGAGUAAGAAACAACUUAAAAGAAGAAAUACUAUAAUUUAUUAUUAUUUGGCUUUCAUCACAAUGCCGAUGUUUGGCGGGCCUCAUCUCCGACAGACGGCUGACGUUGGCUCUCUAGGAACGACACAAGUCCAAAAAGACAUUGCAACGACACGUUGGCCAUCAGACAGUCUACCAGGCUUGUUGGAAACACGUCUGUAGCACUAGAAAAUCAAGCAAACGUAUCGAACAGGGCGUAGCAAAAGAAUAAAUAGAAACCAAUGGAUGAAGAAAAGGACAGAGAUGGUGCAGGUAAUGGUUUUGUAUCUGUCAGGACAAGCAGUGCUGGUAGUAUGUCGCAGUCCCACCCAGAAUCACACUUAGCAUCACAUGACUAGCUUCCAUUAAACAGCAAAGUCGCUAUCAAGAUGUAAAAUAUCCUCUUUGGAUGUUUUACCACGGGGCACAAUGUGCCAUUGUUGCACUCAGUUACUUGCGUGCUACCACUGACAAUGAUCAUUUCAUCAGAAUAUUGCAUUUGCUGCCAAAUGCUAAAAUGGAUACGCUACGUAGUCAAACCAAAUAUGUUAAUACGGAAGUGAUUUGAUCUUAGUGUUUUAAUUGGCAGAUGAGCAAGAUGACAAACUAUAAUCUUCUUUUCUUCCUCAAGGUUCUACAAAGUUUUGUUGUAGUUGAGGACAACAACAACAACAACAACAACAACAACAACAACAACAACAACAACAACAACAACAACAACAACAACAACAACAACAACAACACCUCUUCAAAUCCAAGCUGGGAGCCACAACUGCUGUUCCAAAACUUCAUUCAUGAUGGAAAAUCCCUCAACAAGUCCUCCAGGUGAACUCUGAGCACGCCUCCGUCCUUUUAUCCAUCUUUGGACCUGUGACCACCGACGAGGAAGAGAGACCCUAACCCUUCAGCUUCGUGGGCUGACAGCGUCCGGCUCCGUUUUACUUUGACGAUGAAUCGUCCUCUUCGUUGAGCGGCAGCGUGGCAGAUCAUCGAUCAACGGACACGGAUUGGAGGAAGGGACUCAUUCCUCUGCCCCACGUCGUCCACCGAGCGACCUUGCCUUUCCGGAACCACCAACAGAGACUAUGCAGCUGGGACUGCUGGCGCUGACGAUGGUCUUCCUCAGUUCCAUGGGUGACAGUGAUGUCACCAAAGCUUUCAAGGCCAGAAGGCAGAGACGGGAGAGCGGCGAGGUUCCGCCAUCCUGCCCGAAAGGCUGCGAGCGCUGCUCCGAAUACAACGGCUGCCUGAAAUGCAAAGCCAAGCUCUUCAUCUACUUUGCGCGCAGCAACAUCAGCCAAGUGGGCGUGUGCCUGGCCUCCUGCCCCACCGGAUACUUUGGCAUGAGGAUCCAGGGAGGCAACAACAGAUGUUCCCAAUGCGAAGCCGACUGCGACAUGUGUUUCGAACGCAAGUUUUGCAUUAAAUGCAAGGAGGGCUUGUAUGUGAACAGCGGCAAAUGUUCCGGCAGCUGCCCUUCAGGCCUGCACCCGGUCAACGACACCAUGGAGUGUGUGGAGUGCGAGCUGUCCGAGUGGAGCCAAUGGGGUUCGUGCGUCAAGAGAAACAAAACGUGCGGAUUCCGAAAAGGGACUCAGUCGCGGGUCCGACUCCCGCUGCGGCCCCCCCGCACGCGAGGCACCCCCUCGGCCGCCGGGCCCUCCCAGACGUGCCCUCCGCAGAGCGACAGGAGGAAAUGCGUGGUGGCCAAGACACCUUGCCCGAGAGAGAACAGGACCAAGGGGGGCCGGCCGCUGAACGGACCCGGUGGAGGCGGCGGCGGCGGCGGGAGGAGGCGGAAAGGCCAAAGCAGGACCACCGUCGUUCCCAGCGAGGCGACCAGCUCCGUAACUUAAAGCGGGAAGGGUUCCUGCAAGAAAAGCCUCCCGAGAUGACGCUGCAGCCGAGCCCACAUCUCCAUGAGAAAACAUUGCGUAGGGCCGCUUCGACAUGCUGACUCUGCAGCUUUACCCAGUCAUGCAAGGAGUCCGAUGAUGGGAUGGAAAUCUGCUCCCGGUUUGCAUCGUCGGAGGUGACGGACGGACGGACGGACGGACGGACGGACGGAAGGACGGAUUGAUGCCCUGGAGUGCGUGCGUUAUUUUUGCGACUGGGAGCAAAAAGGCAGCAGCACAAGUCGCUGCUAAUCAAUACUGCUUUGUUUGCAACAGGGUUCGGAUGUUUUUGCACAGUCGUGACUUUUUGACGUAAGCAUUUCUACGUGACCAUGUCCUCGUGCUUCGACUUUACGGGAACACACAUAAAGGUUUUCGUAAUGGUUUGGAGGCUCUUGUUUUGUUCACAUUCAAAGUCCAAAUAAAAGAAGGAAGCUCAUUUCA